AUGUACGGCUCCCAGUCCAUCUACCCCGGUGGCACCAGCUCCAGAGGGCCAUUUCUCAACAUGCUCAACCCAAUGGGCCGGAACUACCAGGGCUACGUACAAGCCAACCAAUCUGUCGUCGAGGAAGAGGACGAGGAUAAUCAUGACCUGGAGUCCGGCUCCCCCGCCCAGUCCGCGACCAAGUCGCGCGGCAAGCGCAAGGUUGGCUGGGGCGAGGGUUCUCAGAUGCACGUUCUCCGUCCCAACAACCGCCAUGCAGAUCCCAAGGACGGCGAGGAAUCUUCUGACGAUGAAGUACCUCAAGACUUUAUGAUUGAGGCCUCCGCGCCCCGACGCCGCCCUGCAUCUCCGCCCACCACAAAGGCUUCGAAGAGGAAGGAGCGAGAGAAGAAGUCUUCACAUCGGGCUUCAAAUUCAGGGACCUCCAAACCCAUCCUUCCCACUACUUCGGCAGAUACCCCUCUAUCGAUACCGCCUCGCCCCUCCGAGCUCAAUCCCGACCCUGAACCACCGCAGGACGCGCCCCUACAUGAGCCACAGACACGACAAAUGCGCGGAUUGGACGCUCACGAACGAGCUUUAUGGAAUUGGGUUAAUGUAUACAACCUCGACUCAUUCUUGCAAGAAGCGUACUACUAUUACGAGGGGAAAGGAAUCUACAGCAUAGCCCUCUCCCGAGGCCUCAAUCUCCUCACAGUUGGGUUCGUAAUCAGCUUCUCUACAUUUCUGCUGGGAUGUGUAGACUAUUCCCGGGUACGACAUGACAAGAUUACCCGACUGGACGAGGUUAUAAUUCAGAGAUGCGUCUCAAGGUUCUCUGGAUUUACACUCCUGUUCUUCAUGCUCUUCUCUGCUUUCUUCAUCUGGCAAAUUGUGUCAUAUGCACUCAGCAUGAUGCGUCUCGUCGACAUGUACCGAUUCUACACCCAUCUAUUGCACAUACCUGACCAAGACAUUCAGACAAUAUCGUGGCCGGAAGUUGUACGACGCAUAGGAGCCAUCCGAGAAGACAAUCCUCUUACCGCAAUCUCGUCGAACACCGCGACGCAUCAAUCAGUUACCGCUAAGCUUGACGCGCACGAUAUCGCGAACCGAAUCAUGCGCCAGGAGAACUACCUCAUUGCGCUCUUCAACAAGGAAGUGCUCGACCUCCGCAUCCCGCUCCCUCAAGUUUUGGCCAAUUUUGCUUUCUUGAGACAGAGCGAGGAAAGCAAAGGCAAACGGCUUACUCGCGCACUCGAAUGGAAUCUCCGGUUCUGUUUGAUGGAGUAUCUGUUUGAUGAAAGCGGUCGCGUGCGCAAGGUCUUCUUGAAGAGCAAGAAUAGACCGGUGCUGAUCGAAGGGCUUCGGCGAAGGUUGAUCUUCAUGGGCAUGCUAAAUGCGGUGUUUGCGCCAUUCAUCGUGUUAUAUCUCCUUAUGUACUCGUUCUUCCGUUACUUCGAGGAGUACCAUAAGAACCCAUCAAAUAUAGGUGGUCGCUCGUACACCCCAUAUGCUCAGUGGAAGUUCCGCGAAUUCAACGAGCUCCCGCAUCUCUUUAAACGGCGCUUGAACGAAUCCUACGAGACCGCGAGCAUGUACAUCGGCCAAUUUCCCAACGAAAAGGUCACAAUUAUCGCUCGUUUCGUUGCUUUCAUCGCGGGGUCCUUCGCCGCUGUCCUCGUCCUCGCCUCCGUCGUCGACCCCGACCUCUUCCUUCACUUCGAGAUAACCCCCCAUCGAACCGUGCUUUUCUACAUCACCAUCUUCGGAUCUAUCCUCGCAGUGGCGCGUGGGAUGAUCCCUGAAGAAAACCGUGUUUUCGACCCGGAGUUGCUCAUGACCGAAGUUGUGCAGUACACCCACUAUUUGCCGGACGAAUGGAAGGACCAGCUCCAUUCCAAGAUGGUGCACGAAGAGUUUGGUCACUUGUUCGAGAUGAAGGUCAUGACAUUCGCGCAGGAGCUCGCGAGCGUGCUCUUGACGCCAUUCGUGUUGUGGUACUCGUUACCACAGUGCGCGCCUGCGAUCGUCGACUUCUUCCGGGAGUUCUCGGUGCACGUAGACGGCCUUGGGUACGUGUGCUCCUUCGCGGUGUUCGAUUUCCAGCGGCACGGAAAUGUCAAGUUCGGUGCUCCAACAACAGCAGUCGACGAGCGCUGGCAGUCCAAGGAGGGCAAGAUGGAGAAGUCCUUCCUCAACUUCAAGGCCGCUCAUCCGGACUGGACCCCCGCCGACCCCUCCGGUUCGCUCUACCUCUCCCGCAUCGCCGACUUCUCCGCCACGCACCCGCGCCGCCGCAGCCUCAUCCACCGCGGCGCCCCGCACAUCGCGCCCAUGCCCGGCGGGGACCCGCUCGAGUCCACCGUGCAGCUCCACGCCCCCGGCGCCGUCGGCGCGAGCACGAUGCAGAGCGUCGUCCGCCGUCGCGGCGGGAUGGGCAUGGCGGGCAGUGUGCUCCACCCCGCGCAGCUCCGCCCCGCAGACUCGGUCCUCAUGCACUCGCAGGCGGGCGCGAUGGCCCAGACCGCCGUCCUCGGCGACUCGCAGGGCAGCGUGAUGCCCAUCCCCGACGCGCCCGGGAGCCCCAGGGGCAUAGCGGAGUCGACGAUCCCGGAGGAAGACCUGGCCGCGGACGGCGGCGUGGGCAGCGCGCUGGGCGAAUCGUACGUCGAUGGACGGCGGCCGCGGGCUGGAGCCAGCCAGAGCGCGUCCGCUGUGCAGGAUGACGAGGAGGACCUGGAAGACGGGGGCGUGCUUGGCCUGUUGGCGCAGAUUUACGGGACGGGAGUGAACUUGAAGGGAAGAGGCAGGGGGCCCCCGAGGGCGAUCUGA